CAGUUUUUUCUAUGAAUGCCGGUUCCGCUGUUUUCUUCAAAUUAGAAUUUGAGCACUUUUUUAUUAUAAUUAGUACAAAUUCGUCAAAAACGUAAUUAAUAUGUCUCCACAAACAAAAAAAGACUGCGGACUAAUCUUGUUCGACGUAGCAUCGCCGAAAAAAACGGAACUCCUCAAUGGUCUCAUGAAAUUCUGUUGCUUCAAGUGGUACAUCAACUCCAGAAGUAUAUACCGCGUAAUUCUGAUAAACUCGGCAGUAACUGAUAACGAUUUUAACUAUCCGCAUAUUCACACACUUCAAGAAGAAGACUUUGAACCAAACGCAAUCUUUUCUGCAGUAGAAAGUGCCAAACCUGGCCAGUCAAAUUGGAUAGAUGCCUUGUCUUUGGGUGUGCAUCAUUUAGACCAAGCGGUAUCAAUUGACGGCCUGGUGACGUUGCAGCUCAUAUUUUUUACCACCUUAGAUUCAACCAAACCCUUAAAUGUCGAUACGGCAAAGUUAAGUUCUCUCAUGGAACGAAUGAAUGGACAUGAAAUGUUUCUGUACAUAAUUGGACCCAACGUGAAACUUCCAUUUGUCAUAACUAAUACACAGUGUAUACCAAAAUGCAUGAACGAACUACAAUUGCCUGCUGGUAAUCAAAAUUUAGCUACUGCCAAAAAGAUUGUAACUGGUAUCAGGAAUGGUGUCAUGUGUAAUACUAAAAUUGGACUGAAUCUGUUGUUCAGUUACAAAAACUCACCAGGGGGUCAGCCUUGGAUACUACCACUAUCAUUCGGAACAAAACUCCGCAUUCCAGCAAAUACUUAUAAAAUAUUUAGGUACGACGAUCUGAUCUUCUUGAAACUCAUUUCUUCAAGACCAAAGAGGAGUUAUGUCAGAGCCCUAGCCGAAAAUCGAGAUGUAAUAGUUAAAGAAGAUGAAAUUGUAAGAGGCAUUAAACGUCACGGAAAGUUUAUGAUAGUGGAUGACAGUAUGUUUAGAUCGGAGACUGAUAGAUGUUUUGAUAUUAUCGGAUUCAGCGAUAAGAAAUUUUUCCCUGAAACAAUCGUAAGAGGCGAGACACAUUAUGUUUUACCUGAUCAAGUUAACGCUGAAGCUUUUCAAGCAUUUACCCAUUUGGUAAACAUUCUCGCAGAAACGAAUAAAUACGGUGUAUGUAAAAGAGUCUACGGUAGAGGACAUAAGCCAAAGUAUUUUGCCCUCAUGCCCAAUUUGGAGUAUAAGCCAAAAUGUCUUACUAUGACGCAAUUGCCAUCUGGGGAUUAUGCGGUCCCACAUAAGUUCGAGGAACCGAAAUGUCCAAAGGAAAAAAUCAAACAAGACGAUUUAAGCAAUUUUUUUAAUAGUUUGAUAAUUGAAAAUCCUGGUUCAAAAACAGCGACGACUCUUGGUCCCACUAUGUUGCUGGAUAUUACCCAACAUAAACUGGUCAGUGAAGCGACUAAGAAGCGUCUGCAAAGGAACGACUUGGAUUUGGAUGCUUUGAAUGUCCAUCCUUUCGAAAGUGCACCGGACAAUAAAUUCAUGGAUGCUCUCAAGAGGUCUUGGCCGGCUAGAAAUUCACCGUUUAAUACAAAACUGUAGAUAUUUUAUUUAAUAAUGACUAUUAGUCCACAGUACAUCGUACUUUUUGAAAGAUAAUUACAAAAGUCUUAAAAAUGGUUUUAACUGCUUCGUUUGAGCGAGUCUACUCCCUAAUAACACAAAACAUUCCAGGAAUGUUCCUAGAAGGUACACACAGGACAUUGAAAACAUUCCUGGAAUGUCCCCAAAAGCACACGAACGUCCCUGGAAACUGCUGUGUCAGCAUUUUAAACAUUCCUUGAAUGUCUUGUUGGAACAUUCCAUGAAUGUCUACGAAUGUUCUUUGAACAUUCACAGUAUAUUUUUUAGACUGAAUGUCUUGUUGAAACAUUCCAUGAAUGUCUACGAAUGUUCUUAGGACAUUCAAAGUAUGUUUUUUAGACAUUCUCUGAAAUAUAUCGUCAGUGAUGUGACAAUACCUCCUAUAUGUUUUUUCAUGAGUUUUGCAGGAGACGAAAAACAUUUUUUAAGGUCAUCUCCUGUUUUCAUACGUAAAGUUUUGACAUGUUUUGUAGUAAAUAUAUAGUUGAAAUUACUACAAAACAAGUAAAAAAAUAUAUGAAAACAGGAGGUGGCCCAAACAAGUUUUUCAUCUCCUACAAAAUUCAUGAAAAAACAGAUAGGAGGUAUUGUCACAUCACCGACGAUAUACCAGAAGUAUAUGUGGCCCUACCAAAUAAUACAUCCUUGAUAAAUAUAAACAUUUUUAUUGCACAAAAUCUUGUCAUAUAUUUUUUUCCAUAAUCAUUACUACGAUGACGAUUCAUUGUAUUGAAUUGUACAUUACAAUUACAAUCUGGUCAUAACUCUGACCAAUGAGCAAUUUUAAUUUAACCUAAAUUACUACUGUUCCUUAAAAUGAAAAUGAAGAGCUUACCCCAUAGCGCCUCUUAUCUAAUCUAACAGGCGCAUAAGCACUAUGCUCUGCUUUUCUAACCGCACUAUUCUAACAUACACAGGCACACAAGCAUUAUGCUCUGCUUUUCACUAUCACAUAUCACUAAAACUAGUUAAAAAGGCUUUGUCCUCUUCAAUCUUCUAGUUUGCCCAGUAGUAUCGAGGAGCUGAAUUUCGUCAAUAUACAUUGUAGGUAUGUACUUACGAAGUUGUUGCUUGUGACUUACAACUUUAAAAACAAAUCCAGCUGUAAAAUAUUUAUGUGCCUGAAGGCUUUUGUAUGUUUUCAUCUGCUGUUUAGAGUAGUAACUGUGAGACUCCACCAGAUAAGUAUAAAUAUCUAUAAUAAGUAAUUUGGUGGAAUGCACUUUAUGGUAAAAUCCAAUUCUGACUGAAUUGUAUAUGGAUCUAAAUCCCCAUUUAUUUUCAGCUUCAAUAAAUAUCCAAAACAAUAAAAGAAAUAAUGUUAUUGCUUGCAAAAUUCAUCAAUAUUGAUAAAUAGAGAAAAAUGAACAGUAAAUAAAAAUUGUUUCCCCUACCUUUCUCCAAACAUCUGGAGUUUCCAAUAAUAAUUUCCUUAAAUAAUCACUUUGCAGUGUGGUAAAGUUUAUAAAGUUCACAAAAUACAGCAAACGAAAUCCAAAUGAAUCCAAAAUAGACAAAAUAGAUUUCUGUUAAAAAAACAAGUUUUGUACAAACUGUUGCUUGGAACCCUAUGGUUCUCAGCCCUCGAUAUGGUAGAUGUACAUCUACAGGGUACCAGGUUUCCCCCAUAUGAUAAUCUGAUGCGCUCGAGUUACUGCAAAAAUCCCCGCUUGGGCUCCCCUACCAUUAGAAUAAAAUUAUUUAUUUUUGUCGGACAAAAAAGAGAGCGCGAUCGUUGAGUCCGACACCCGCAAGAUGUCACUAUAGCGCGGUACAGUUUUGUUAUUAGAAAACUCUUAAUUAUUUUCAAUUGAAAGUACAGUGGAACCUCGAUAACUCGGAUUAAUCGGUACCGCGGCCGAUCCGGGUUAUCGAAAAUCCGGGUUAGCCGGAGAAUAUGGUAAAAAUUAAUAAAAUAUGGUAUACUUACAGAUAAACUCCGGUAUAAUUGAAAUAACAUGAAAUAUAUACAGGGUGAGUUUUUAGUGCGGGAUCGGUCGAUAAUUCCAUUACGGUAUAGAAUAUCGAAAAAAGUUAUUUAGAAAAAAUGUAGGCAAUGAUAUUCUCCACGCUUGGAAAAUAUGUCCAUUUCUACAGGGUGAUCAAUAACAGCGUGGUAUAUCAAACAUAUAAUUUUUUAAAUGGGACACCCUAUAUAUUUUUUCAUAUUUAUAUUCCCCUCAUAAUUCUUGUUCAUAUAAUAUAGGGUUUUGCAUUACUAUACAGAGUAUUUAACAAGUCGACGCUGUCAAGCCAAAACGGCAUAAACGACAUUAACUUGAUUUUUCAGGAAACACAAAAACUGAUUAUUUUUAUUUUUACCAAUUCUGCUUAUCUGCACAGUGAUUCAAAAAAAUUGGUGAUUUUUUUUCAAAUUUUAAUAUAUUGUGAACAUUAAUGUGGCUGAAAAUACUGUCUGAAAUAAAUUAAAAACUAUAAAAUGGCGCUUAUGUCCAAUCAAGAUAUAACAUUGGUGAAUAUGCCAAACUUACUUCUGGCGUUUGUGUCGAUCGCAUCGUUGUAAGGUUAGUCAAUAUGGCGCUUAAAAGGGAUAUAUGCCAUUAAUGAAAAAAGAAACGAAAAUCAAAAAUUGUCGUUUAUGCCAACAAGAAAAAUUAUGAAAUUACGAAGAUUUUUGAUAGGGUUUAUUUUUUAUUAAUCAAAAAUACAUUCUAAGUUAAAAACAAAACCUUAAAUUCUUUAAACAUGUUUUGGUGCUAGGAUGAAAUACUUAAAAGUAAAUAUGAAAUACUUAAAAGUGGAUAUCUAAUAAUAAGUAGUGGAUUCUAAUUCAUAAUCACUGUCAAUAUUUGGUUCAACAUCCGUAUUGAUUUGAUUGCUUGUAUUUUCCUUAUUUUGAUCACUACUUAUACCGGCAUCCAAACCAUUAUCUGCUGCUAAGCUGAAACAUGAUGUGAGAUCGUGACUAAAUAUUUCUUCUUCUACUGCAACGUCUGGUGUUUCCUCAAAGAUGAUAAUGUCAUUGCUAAAAGCUUCUGCAAUGUUGGCAUUAUAAAUGUCAUAAACCUCUAAGGGAAAUAUAGGGGGAUUAUUGUCACUCAGUAUAUCAUUUUGUACUGAUUCGGUAUAUGUUUUAUUUUCAUUUAGUAAGGCCAUUCUUUUUUUACUUCUGCUAUUCACGUGCAACAAAAAAAUGGCAUAAACGCCAAAAAUCGAUCGCCAUUUUUAGCUAUAUAAAAUUGAUUAGAACUCUAUGCUGUAAAACAAGAUGAAUUGUUCAUCACACUAGUACAAAGUUACAAUAGAAUAUUUUAAAAUAAACUUUUUAUUUGCGCAAUUUUUAAAUAAGAAACCUGCAUAAGAAUACCAUUGAGGAAUGGCAUUUGUGUCAACCACGAUGUAAAUAUGUUGUUUUGGCAUAAACGCCUCAUAGUUUUUAAAGAAAUUCAGUGUGUUUACGCUUCAAAAAUCAAUACAAAUUGAAAAUAUUGCAAAUUUAGAUAAUAUCAUGUUACUUAUCGUGCUUAUUGUGCUACACACAAUACAGUCACAAUCGGAACGAUGUUAUGAACAGUGAAAACUAAGACCAUUGUUUAAAAAAGAAUUUUUUAAAUAGUCUUUUAGUCUUUUUUUAAACAAUGCUAAGACAGUUUGAAAUAAAUAAAGAAAUAACAGGUGCCUGUGGUUUCCGAUAAAUCCGAGACAAUGACCGUCGCUCUGCCUCCGCCGCCGUGUGACAUGAGUCAUUUUUACUAUCGUAUACAUAGUUCAAAUUACACAAAUACACAUUAUCUCUCAAAUAUUAUACAUAACAUUUUUAUUAGGUAGAUAAAGGCAUUAUUUUUAUUUUCGAUUCAGAGAUCAUUACCAUCUUUCUAUGGACCAUUUCGAACUCCUUAGUUCUCAUCAGGAAAGCUACCGUAAUGAUGCUCUGAAAAGAAAAUAAAAAUCUUUGCCAUUUCUGUCAAUUAUAAAAUAUAAUUAACAUUUAGACGCUAUAGCGACAUCUAUUAACAACUUGUCGAAACCCAAAAGACUCCAUUUUCAAACAAAUAAAUGUUUAAAAAUAAUAAAAUCUUUGGAUUUCUUAGUUCGGAAACAGAUUCUCUCUUAUACCUAUUCCCCAUCCUUCUAAAAUUUGCAAGGAAUAAAGGGUGAUGAAUGCAGAGACAUGGGGAGUCUAUAUAGUUGCACUCCACAACACAUCAAUUCACCGAGGCAAAGAUCAACAAAUCUGUCUCCUAGUACUCAAUACGUGAGUAAGAACGUAGGUAGAUAAAGGCAUUAUUUUUAUUUUCGAUUCAGAGAUCAUUACCAUCUUUCUAUGAACCAUUUCGAACUCCUUAGUUCUCAUCAGGAAAGCUACCGUAAUGAUGCUCUGAAAAGAAAAUAAAAAUCUUUGCCAUUAUAUUCCCCAUCCAUAGGUAUAAGAGAGAAUCUGUUUCCGAACUAAGAAAUCCAAAGAUUUUAUUAUUUUUAAACAUUUAUUUGUUUGAAAAUGGAGUCUUUUGGGUUUCGACAAGUUGUUAAUAGAUGUCGCUAUAGCGCCUAAAUGUUAAUUAUAUUUUAUAAUUGACAGAAAUGGCAAAGAUUUUUCUUUUCAGAGCAUCAUUACGGUAGCUUUCCUGAUGAGAACUAAGGAGUUCGAAAUGGUCCAUAGAAAGAUGGAAAGAUUACUAUUGUCGAUCUCUUGUCCGAAACAUUUAUAGCCUCGUUUCUUUAGUCGGACAACGUAAAUCUAUGUUAAUCGCUCAAAUAAAGUAAUUAAAACCAUUUUUAAGACUUUUGUAAUCAUUUUUGAAAGAAGAUGUACUGUGGACUACAUUAUAAUAUAAUUAACAUUUUUAUACAUUUCUGUAAUUUUGUCAGUUCGAUUUAAUAGAAAUAAAUUGUGUAUCAUU